CGUUUCGGUGCCGCCGCCGCCGUCGCCGCCGCCGCCGUCGCCGCUGCCCGGGCCGGGGAGGGGGCGCGUUGGAAGCAGAAAGCGAGCUGCGCCGAGGUGGUCGCGGGAGCAGCUGGUGACGCGCUCAAGAUGAACCACAAGAGCAAGAAGCGGAUCCGCGAGGCCAAGCGGAGUGCGCGGCCGGAGCUCAAGGACUCGCUGGACUGGACCCGUCACAACUACUACGAGAGCUUCUCGCUGAACCCGGCGGCCGUGGCGGAUAACGUGGAAAGGGCAGACGCGUUACAGCUGUCCGUGGAAGAAUUUGUCGAGCGCUACGAAAGACCUUACAAACCCGUGGUUCUGCUCAAUGCCCAAGAGGGCUGGUCUGCUCAGGAGAAAUGGACCCUGGAGCGCCUCAAAAGGAAAUACCGGAACCAGAAGUUCAAGUGCGGUGAGGAUAACGACGGUUACUCCGUGAAAAUGAAGAUGAAGUACUACAUCGAGUACAUGGAGAGCACUCGAGAUGACAGCCCCCUUUACAUCUUUGACAGCAGCUAUGGUGAACACCCCAAAAGAAGGAAACUUCUGGAAGACUACAAGGUGCCCAAGUUUUUCACUGAUGACCUUUUCCAGUAUGCCGGGGAGAAACGCAGGCCCCCUUACAGGUGGUUUGUGAUGGGGCCGCCACGCUCUGGAACCGGAAUUCACAUCGACCCUCUGGGAACCAGUGCCUGGAACGCCUUAGUUCAGGGCCACAAGCGCUGGUGCCUGUUUCCUACCAGCACGCCCAGGGAACUCAUCAAGGUGACCCGUGAAGAAGGAGGGAACCAGCAAGACGAGGCCAUUACCUGGUUUAGUAUCAUCCAUCCCCGGACGCAGCUUCCCACCUGGCCGCCCGAAUUCAAACCCCUGGAGAUCUUACAAAAACCAGGAGAGACUGUCUUCGUACCAGGAGGCUGGUGGCACGUCGUCCUUAAUCUUGACACCACCAUUGCCAUCACCCAGAAUUUUGCCAGCAGCACCAACUUCCCUGUUGUAUGGCACAAGACGGUAAGAGGAAGACCAAAGUUAUCGCGGAAAUGGUAUAGGAUCUUGAAGCAAGAGCACCCCGAGUUGGCGGUCCUGGCCGACUCGGUUGACCUUCAGGAGUCCACGGGGAUCGCAUCUGACAGCUCCAGUGACUCCUCCAGUUCCUCCAGCUCCAGCUCAUCCGACUCGGACUCGGAGUGUGAGUCCGGGUCUGAAGGGGACGGGACGACGCACCGCAGGAAGAAGCGGAGGACGUGCAGCAUGAUGGGAAACGGGGACACCACCUCCCAGGACGACUGUGUGAGCAAAGAGCGCAGCUCCUCCAGGAUUAGGGACACUUGUGGAGGCCGGGCUCACCCCUGAGCAAAGAGAGAGACUGUCCCUGAGGUGGUUCCUGCGUACGUGGUUGGCGGCCACCUGACUCAGUUUUCACGUCUUCUGCUCCCUCCUUCUCCUCUGUCUUCUUUGAAUUUGGAUCAUCCUUCUCUGGUCCAGGCUUCUGUCUUCGGUCAAAUGCUGUUUUCACUGCUUCCUAAGAAUAGAUGGCCAAGAAGUUUAAAAGCUCACGACCCUCAGUGAAACCCCGCAACGCUGCAAGCCCGUGGGCUCCUGGGUGACAAGGCCUGUGCUGUCUCUGAACCACGCUGCUCCGCCCCGAGGCCGGAGGGCCGCCAUCCCGGGAGCGGCCGGCUGCGUCUGACCCCUCACCGACCGUUGGUGCGGAACCUCUGCCGUCCGAGAGCCGGCUGCCCACCAGCGGGCCCUGAGGGGCGAGCGGACUCGGAUUUGCGUGCGAGCCAGUUACACGUACGAAGUGCCGCGUGUGCGCCACCUCCCCGUGUCACCCUUUGUCCGAAGCCGCGUGGCGGUGACCCAGCCGGCACGUGUGGCACCGCUCACCACCGCGAGCACUGUCUUGUGACGCGUUCCCUUCUCUCCGCCGUCGGAGGGCCUCGUGCGUCCCGGCGGUGUGUGUGUGCCGAGCGUCCUGGGGGGAAGGACACCGCGUCGGGGUUUGGGUUGGGGACAGAGCAGGAAAGGUGUUCAGUGCAUUCUCAUCACGGAACGUGAAUGAGGAACGGGGCUGCCACCUGA